CUCACACCCCCAGCACUCUGUGGAGCUGCGUGAACUGAGCGGGUCGGUGGUUGCUGCUAAGGGGGAAAAAUAAGGAGUGUGUUGGGCUUCGUGGCUAUCCAAACGAUUUUUUUUUAAUUAAGCAAGUUACUGACUCGUCCUCAACGUUCCGCCAUGGCUGAUCAACUUACUGAAGAACAGAUUGCUGAAUUUAAGGAGGCAUUCUCCUUAUUUGACAAAGAUGGAGAUGGUACCAUCACAACUAAAGAACUUGGAACAGUUAUGCGAUCACUUGGCCAGAACCCAACAGAGGCUGAGCUACAGGAUAUGAUCAAUGAAGUAGAUGCUGACGGCAAUGGCACCAUUGACUUCCCAGAAUUUUUAACUAUGAUGGCAAGAAAAAUGAAAGAUACAGACAGUGAGGAAGAAAUUCGUGAAGCAUUCAGAGUCUUUGACAAGGAUGGUAAUGGCUACAUAAGUGCUGCAGAGCUUCGUCAUGUAAUGACUAAUCUAGGAGAAAAAUUAACAGAUGAAGAAGUAGACGAAAUGAUCAGGGAAGCAGAUAUAGAUGGAGAUGGGCAGGUCAACUACGAAGAAUUCGUACAGAUGAUGACUGCAAAAUGAAGACUCCUCCCACCUCUUUCCCCUCUAGAAGAAUCAAAUUGAAUCUUUUACUUACCUCUUGCAAAAAUGUUCAUUUACUCAUUCUGUUUCUGUAUAGCAAAACUGAAUGUCAAGAAAUACCUUCUGUCCACAAAAAAUCUGCAUGUAAUGGUUGGUGGUCCUGUCCCCAAACGAUCAGUUUAAACAUCAGUUUUACAGUAUAUAAAUACUUGUACUACCUUUUAACAACAAGGAAGCACUUAGUGGACUCGAUCCAUUUGCUAACGAUUACUACACUGUUUGGGCUGGCCAGUUUUUCAUGCAUGCAGCUUGACAAUUGAGCACAGUCAGACCUUUGUAUUUAAAAACAAAAACUUAAAAAAAAAACACAAAAAACAAACCUUAAUAUCCACUAGCCUCAGUGGAUUCUGUUUUAAUUUGUAGUAAAAAUUGUCAUAGCUGGUUUACUUUAAAUUGGUUUAUACCUCAGGAUGGUAUGCAGCAAAAUGGUUGAAGGAUGCAAAUAGAGUAAAGUCCCUAAAGGUUGAAUGGUUCUUUUGUACUUAGUGUGCUCCAAAAUAUGAUCUUAACUAUGGAUGGCAUGUCUGUUAAUAUUGGUUUAACAUUGUUUGCAUUGCACUAAAGUGAAACGGGUGUCAGGCUGUUACCGUUCACAAAAUUUGAGUGAAGCCUUCACCAAGGGGGGAGCAUCUUUGGACUCUUGUUUUUAAACCUUCUGUACCAGACUUGGAGCCGGCAGAAUAACCUAUUUCUACAUAGGAUUUCAGCACAACAAUAUCAUGGCUGUUUGAGAAAUUACAAUGUCCAUUCCAAGUUGUAAAUGCUAGUCUUUUUUUUUUUUUUUCCAAUAAAAGACCAUUAAUGUAAUUGUUUUGUUGUUAAACUUUUAAUUAAUUCAUGCGCAUGUUACUUUUGUUCAGUUCUAUAUAUUUUUGUUUGAAUUCUUAAUGUCUUAGUAAUACCUUGGUUUCUGUGUACUGGUUAAGUUGUGUAAACCUCCUGCUGGGCAGGUUAACAAUUCAGUGUCCAAUAACCCUUCCAGCAGCAUGAGUUAACACUGGAAAUAGCUUUAGCUUUUUUGUGAAUAAUACUUAAUUGUUGCAUCAACCUUUAAUUUUUAACGCUGGUGAAUUAAAAUGGUUUUGGUGUGGCAUGCAGAUAACAUUUUGCAUGCACUAAACAGUAUAGAGAUGUAAAAGGUACACACUAGUUAAUAAACUGAGGAAUAAAGGCAAAUUCUAGGUAUUGACCUAUGUUCAAGCCUAGUUCAUGUGUACAUCACUGACUGCUUCACAUGGCUGCAAAAUGUUGCAGUAAAGAUAAACUAGUUAAACUGCUUACUGAGUACUGUGACAUAUGACUGCAAUUAGUCUUACAAUAAGGAACUUCUAGACUGUGGUGCAGGAGCUGUUUAAAUAGAAUAUUUGUGCUAGUUAUGAAAGAUGCUUUAUAAAGUCCUAAAUCAGCUGGUUGCAUCCUGAAUAUCCAGCUUUAUUUGCUAAUGAGAACUGGAAGCCAAGGUUACUUAGAAUACCUAGCGCAAACAAUGGUUUUCUCUUAAGUUUAAGACAAAGUAGCUAGAGUACUUUUGUUCUGACAUUUAGCUGUCAGCUGGUUCAUCUGUACAUAUUUGUUGCAAGCAGAAUAUAGUUGUGGAUAUCAGUACUAUAUUUGUGUUUAAGUUAGUUGCUGACCUUGUCAUUUAAGGCUUGAAAUGUUUAACUGCCAUAGCUAUAGACUACAAAAUUGUCCUUUGCAAUUUUUGCUGGAACUGCUUUAUUACCGCCUUUAAAAGGCUUGAAUACUCACAUGACAAGGUAUAACUGCUUAGUGUCUUAUAUAUGCUGUACAGAUUUCAAGAGGUAAUGUCCUGUAAGAAUAGGUAAUUAAGAUUCUCACACAAUACUGUUAACCAUUAUUGUAGCUUGGAAUGGCUACCAUACACUUAAGUCCCAUUUCAAUAAUUAUCCUUCCAAAAUGCAUGAAUGCCUUGUUGGUCUGUAUGCCAAAGAGUAGCAAAUGAGCAGUCUAGAAUGGACACGGGUUAGGCAGUGGUUAAACAAUCUGGUUAAGAAUGAACCUAUUUGAGUCAAUAACUGCAAUGUCACUUCAUGCUCUUUCAGCACUCAAGGGUUUUAGCAAUCACUUCUCAUCUUAGCAUUUUUCCAUUCUCCUAUGGGGUGUCAGAUUUAUCUUGUGUGAUCUCAUGUGGGACUAAUUAAACAUUACUCACCAAAUAUGUCCCAUGAAAUAACAGCAUGAGAUUUUCUGCAUACGUUUUCUUUAGGAUUUUAGAUAUUCAUGGGUUUAGCACUAACUGCACAUUAACUCCAGUGGACUUAAAUGGAAGUUUUGUUUGUUAAAAGUGCUGAUUCUGUGCUUGCUAUUCAAGGUAAACGUGAACCUUGAAGCAGAAGACCUUGGAUAGAGCAAAUGGCUUUGAUGUAUUACAACUGAAAUUAAAUAAAGCCAAAAUAAAAAAAA